AUGCUUAUUUGCACAAAGGCAAAAAUAGACCUCUUAUUAGUUGGAGAUGUCACUGUUCAGUACCUGGCUGAUACUGUGCAGAAAUUGUUUUCAAAUAUAGCAAAAGUCACCAUAACCAUUAGUGACAUGAAGAAGGCAGUGGCAUUUCUGGAUGAGUGCACAUUCAAUGUGUUUUUCCUGAAGAUGACUUUACCAACUGUCAAGGAGCUGGAAGCUGUCAAAUUAAUUAGAUUUGGAAAGAAGAAAAAUGCACAUUUGCUGUUUGUUUUUAUAAUCCCUGAAAAUUUUAAAGGUUGUAUUUCAGGGCAUGGAACUGAUAUUACUUUAACUGAACCACUGACUAUGAAGAAAUUUAGCAUUGUGGUAAAAUACUGGAAAACAUAUUUCUCAAAUACUGCUAAGAAUGAAAGUUCUAUGAAGCCUGAACAAUAUGGAUUGCCCCUGCAGAAGUCCUGCAGUGAGCACCUGGGAUGUUUUUCUACUGAUCUAUUUGCUUGCUCUGAGUCUCUAAGAAAUGACAUUGGGCUUGAAUUAAAGGUUCCAUUUACUGGUUUCAAAACAAGCAAAAAGAUUUCUGUCCUUCAUUCAAGCAAGGGAAAGCUGAGAAGGUGA